CCGCGAGAGCUGUACAUGGCAAAUUCCAAGGCGACUAAAAAAGCAGUGUCACAAAAGUACGUUAUUAAAAGACUCAUUGUAGCGUUUGUCGCGUCCUUCGUAAAGCCGCCAGUUUUACAAUUCCUGCGCGUUAGAGUCAAUUCAUGCUGGCUGAAACGCCAAUGCGUCGGCGCAUCUUCAUCGACGCUGACGCCGACGCUGAUGACGCUUGCCAGGGCAGGGACGUCUCGUGAGGUCAGCGACGAUAGCAACGUGCGAAAUGUAUCGAAAUUUUCGAGAGAUUGCACAGCAGAGAAAAAGAAGAGAAAAAACGGGAAACCAACGACACAGUCAGCAAACGCAAUCAGACUCACCAAAGGCAACGAAAGCCGGCACUGUACGCGACAUCCCUGUAUUCGCUUGAAACCUGCGCCCGAGGGUGACGCCAUGUCGACGUGGACCCUGCAGUGCUCGCCCGUUGCAACCCACGUACACCCUCGACGAACGGUGACUCGCAGGAAGGAACGAUCGCCACGAGGAAACGCGCUGGGCCACCCCCGAAGCUCGUAAUCGUCGCACCGGAUCACUC